UGCAUCAUUCUAUCUUUAUUGCUCAUUAGAUGUAAAACAAAGUCUAAGUGUUUCACAGUGUUUUUGCAGUGUGUUUUCAGAAGUAAACACCAAGUGUGAAAACACUUAUAUAAUAAUUUUUAAAAAAUUAUUACUCUUUGAUAAUGAAGAUAAAUGAGAAUAGUUUUCUAUAACUUUUCGAAGAAGCGGCUUAGAUUAGGUUAGGUAAAUUAAAGAGCACACGCACACACAAUUAAUAUAUUUAUCAGUGCACUAUAUGUGUGUACAAUGAGAGAAAAAUGUAAAAUUGAAAGUUGAAACAUUUAUGCGAUAUCUUUAUAUGUUAAUACAUUUGAAAAGAUAGAAAAGCGUUAAAUUGCGGCAAUGAAUUCGGCACAGUUACUUGUUGAAUUUCCACCUAUCUGGUCCGACAUCAAGGUGGAAUUGAGAGAAUACAUUGAAUGUCCAGAACGAUUGCCCAUACAUCAGCUGGAAAAUGCCCAAUGUUACUGGCCACGCAAACCAGAUGUUCUUGCGUUGUUGGAGUUUGAUUUGGCUCCGGUUGAUACCACACUCAGAUUCGACCGAGAUCUUGUGACCGGCAAAGUCGGCGAGAUACAAGAAAUCUCGUUGCAAAGCGCAGGUGAAACCGCAAGAAAUUCCAUGUCUAUGACUCGCGCACCCGCACCUCGCACAGACGGAGUUCGAGGUAAUCCUAGUAACAUACCAUUUUGGCCUGGUGGUUUCGAUGAACCCAAAUUGUACGAAACUGAGAUUGAGAGCGACAUAGAUUUUGAGAAAAAUUUGAGAACACUGGCCAAGGGAUUUAGCUCGGGUGUAGAAUUCAAAAGCGACAACUGUACACCAGUAACCUGCACAAAGAAUGAGACAAAAAGUUCAUCUUCAAAAUCUAAAGAAAUUAGAGCCAAUAGUGGUAACAUUAAUUUAAUGGCUGUAAUACACGAAGAGGAAAAGCUGCUUUCUCUGUGGUCUUCGGGUGAGCAGAAGAAAACAGAAGAUGUUCAAGCACCGAGCAGCACCGAUGUUCCUUUGGUAGACGACAUUUCAGUAUUGCCUGAAGAGACAAGUAUACCCGUCUUGAAAAUAUCCGAAAAACAGCCGGAGCUUGCCAAAACAGAAUGGGCAGAGCAGUUGGAUACGUCCGCGCCAAUACCCGACUUCGAUAAGAGAAUACCCGAUCCCGCGAUCAGAUUCGAAUACGAAUUGGACACUUUUCAGAAACAAGCGAUACUUAAGUUGGAAGAAAACAGCAAUGUCUUUGUUGCUGCGCACACUUCGGCUGGAAAAACGACCGUUGCCGAAUAUGCAAUCGCGUUGAGUCAAAAGCACAUGACAAGAGUAAUUUACACAUCUCCCAUAAAGGCGCUGUCGAAUCAGAAAUAUCGCGACUUUAAAAGAAAAUUUGAAAGUGUGGGCUUGUUAACAGGCGAUUCGCAAAUCAAUCAAAACGCUUCGUGUCUAAUUAUGACAACGGAGAUCUUACAGUCAAUGUUAUAUUGCGCCUCGGAUGUUUUGCGAGAUUUAGAAUUUGUUAUAUUUGACGAAGUGCAUUAUAUAAAUAACGAAGAUAGAGGUCACGUGUGGGAGGAAAUAGUCAUUCUUUUACCGCAAACUAUCAACAUAGUAAUGUUAUCAGCAACCGUACCGAAUCCCAUAAUAUUCGCGGACUGGGUCGGUCGUAUUAAGAAGAAGAAGAUGUACGUGAUCAGCACCGUGAAAAGACCAAUACCACUUUUACAUUACUUAUAUACGGGCACUGACGGUAAAACCAGAGAUGACAAAUUUUUGGUUCUCGAUGGCAACGGCCAAUUUUUACUGGAUGGGUGGUAUAAAGCGACGAGUGCGUCCGAUAAGAAGAAGGACAAAACGUCGAAAAAUCCGAAGAAGAAAAUUCAAAUGACUCCGAAGCAAGAAGAGGUGUUGUGGAGAGCAUUCAUAAGCCAUCUUCAGAAAAAUGAUAUGUUGCCUGUUGUUGUAUUUACGCUCUCGAGAAGGCGGUGCGAUAUGAAUGCUGCCACGUUAAGAAAUCUCGAUCUAACGACCGCGAGGGAGAAGCAUCAAGUGCACGCAUUUUUUCAAUCCAACAUAAGACAUCUGAAAGGUAGCGAUAGAGAAUUGCCGCAAGUGCUUAUGAUGCAGGAACUUUUGGAGAAAGGAGUGGGCAUACAUCACAGCGGAAUACUGCCAAUUUUGCGAGAAAUUGUGGAGAUGUUGUUUCAAAAUGGAGUUGUAAAGUUGUUAUUCGCGACGGAAACUUUUGCAAUGGGAGUCAAUAUGCCGGCGCGCACAGUAGUGUUCGACUCUAUACGAAAGUACGACGGGAUCAAUUUCCGCACUUUAUAUCCAACCGAAUAUAUCCAGAUGGCUGGUCGCGCUGGACGUAGAGGUCACGACACCACGGGGACCGUCAUAGUGAUGUGCAGAAACGACGUGCCACACUUCAACGAUCUGAAGCCCAUGAUGUGCGGCGAGCCGCAAACGUUGGAGUCAAAGUUCAAAGUUACGUACUCCAUGCUGUUGAAUUUGAGAAGAGUGAACGAAUCCGUUACCGUUGAGGCGAUGAUGCGCAAAUCAUUCAAGGAGUCGCCGCUAGCCUCGCAGGAAGCGACGUAUAACAACGAGUUGCGUAAGAUCGAGCGUGAAUUAUUGAAUCUGCCGGCUCUGACCGAAAUGCAGAAGAAGCUCUCUAUGUUUUAUCAAGUGGCGUUCGAUUAUCUGGAAGACGUCAAGUUUUUAAGUCCCUACAUGUACGAAUCGAAAAAAGCGGCAAAAGCCUUGCACGAGGGCAGGAUUUUACUGAUAUCGUGUAGAAAUCAUUACAAUAAACUGGCCAUGUUGUUGCAAGUUGUACAACAGAAAAACUUCAAGCAAUACAAAGUGUUGAUACUCAAGGAUACGGAGAACGGCGAGAGAUCCAGCUUCGAAACUGACUUCAAGAAUUUGCAAGUGCACGAGAAAUGGUGCGAAAUUGUUGGUCUGACCAAAAAAAAGAUAUAUGUUCCGAGCGAUAAUCCGUCGCACGAAGUUUUGACUUUGUCCCCGUGGCAUAUAUUGAAGAUAACGAAAUAUCAAAUAAAAAUUGACUGCUCUUUGAUAUUGAAUGACUGGGAGAAGAGACAAAUCACACGAUUCAAAAACGAUUUACCGGGACAAACGUGCCAGGCGGCGAUUCAAGAAUUAAUUUCUCUGUCAUUCAAUGCUGUGGCCAAUAUUCAGGUUCUACGCCCGUAUAUCGAGCCUUCGUUAAAAGAUGAUUUUCAAUUGAGGAUACAGCACAGAGACAAACUGAAGGCUAAGCUCGAUGACAUGAAAUGCGUAGAAAUUCCCAACUUCGAGGAACAGUUCAAGCCGGUAUUCGAACGGAAUCAACUCGAGGACAAAAAGCGACAACUCCAGCUUAAACUCAGUAACGAGGGAAUGGCGUUGUAUCCAGAUUAUUUGAAUAUGGUAGCGCUUCUCAAACACUUAAAAUACAUUGAUAAUGACGAAAGAGUUGCCCUGAAAGGACGCGUCGCAUUGCAAAUGGGUAGUAACGAGUUGCUGAUAACGGAGCUAAUCCUCAAGAACGUGUUAACCGUUUUGCAACCGGCGGAAAUAGCGGCGCUAUUGUCAGCAUUAAUUUUUCAACAACGCACAGAUUCCGAGCCAAAACUUACACCAAAUCUCGCUAAUGGUUGUAAGAUAAUGAAAGAGGUGUACGCGGAAUUGGAACACUUAGAGCAGUAUUACAAAUUGGUGACGUUAUCACCGUUGAAUUUUGGCCUGGUGGAAGUUGUUUACGAAUGGGCGCAGGCCAAGUCGUUCGCGGAAAUCAUGAAGAUGACGGAUGUUCAGGAAGGGAUCAUAGUCCGAUGUAUACAACAACUCGGAGAAACUUUGCGGGACGUUAAAAACGCGGCUGUGACCAUAGGUGAUCCGGUUUUGAAGGAGAAGAUGGAGGAAGCUUCGACCGCGAUCAAACGUGACAUUGUUUUCGCCGCAUCUUUGUACACUCAAGACUAAUAAUACACAUAAGUAAUAAACACAUAUAUUAUUUCCAUUUCAUUGCGUAGAAAACGAAUAUAUUUUUCUUAUAU